CUACGUCGGACCCCCUCCUCCUCCUGUCUCUCCCACAGGCACAGCUGGCAGCCUGGAGCCAUGAUGAAUGGCUGCCCCCCGCAGUACCAGCAACGCAGUGUGAGUAUGGAGGGUUUUGACACAGAAGAUAUGGAGCAGGUGCUCCUUGGGGCCCUGGAGGGGUCCAGCAGAGGGGGGUGGGACCCUCGCCGAGCCCCCAUCCCUUCCUAUGGCCAGGAGUUGGGCUCCCUGCUGUCACUCACAGAGGAGGAGGCAGGCUGCCAGACCCAGCUCUUCUCCCCAUUGGAGGAGCAGUCGUCUCAGCUGCAGGGCUUCAGUGCCUCCGCUCCCUCCCUGUGUGCCAGUCCCAGUCUGCGCCAGCUACCCAACGCCAACCUCCACCCUCCAACCCAGGCACACACUCAUACACACUCUCAGACACCUCACACACACCCCUACACACACUCACAAAACCACCAGCAUCAGUCUCAUCAUCGCUCCUACUCCAAUUCCACCUCCCAACGUUACUACCAAGAGUCUUCCCUGGGCUCUGUAUUUGGGGGUUCCACACAGAGUGUGGAUGCGGAGCUUGGUGAGCUGUGGGGGCAAGAAGAGAGGGAGCGGCUAGACGGAGAGAGAGAGAGGCGGAGGGAGGAGAGAAGGACGGAGGAACAGAGGGGUGCUCCCCCCGGGGAGGAGAGGGGGGAGAAGACAGGAAGCCCUCUGGGGCGCACCUUCAGCUUCCUGCGCAAGAUGGCCGGCCAGCGCAAGAACAAAGAGAAGGAGCGGAUGAAGGAGAGGGAGAAGGAGGCGCGGGAGCGGGAGGCGCGUUACAGCAACGGCCACCUCUUCACUUCCCUCACCGUGUCUGCCACCACCCUCUGUUCUGCCUGCAACAAGAGCAUCACCGCUAAAGAGGCCCUCAGCUGCCCCACCUGCAAUGUCACCAUCCACAACCGCUGUCGAGACACACUGGCCAACUGUGCCAAGAUGAAACAAAGGCAACAGAAGCUAGCCCUGGUGAGGAACAGCUCCGCGCUGCAGAACGUGGCUCUAAGGACCAAAACCCCUAUGAUGAAGGAGCGACCCAGCUCAGCCAUCUAUCCGUCCGACAGUCUCCGUCAGUCCCUGCUGGGCUCCCGCCGUGUCCGCUCCGGCCUCUCCCUCUCCAAGAGUGUCUCCACACAGAACCUCGCAGGGAAUCUGAAUGACGACUCACCAUUGGGGCUGCGGAGGAUCCUGUCUCAGUCCACAGACUCCCUGAACUUCAGAAACAGAGCCAUGUCCAUGGAGUCCCUCAACGACGAGGGGGAGGUGUACUAUGCUGCCAUGUUGGAGGAGCUGGAGAGGGAGGGGAAGGACUUUGAGGCUGACUCGUGGAGUCGGGCUGUAGAUCCCUCCUACCUGCAGACCCACCGCAAAGACGUCAUCAAGAGACAGGACGUCAUCUAUGAGCUGAUCCAGACAGAGUUCCACCACGUGAGGACCCUGCGGAUCAUGGAGGGGGUGUUCCGGCAGGGCAUGCUGGACGAGGUGCUGCUGGAGCCGGGCGUGGCGCACGCCGUCUUCCCCUGUCUGGAGCAGCUGAUGGCGCUACACACACGUUUCCUUUCCCAGCUUAUGACACGACGCACUCACAGCCUGGCUCCUGGGAGCUGUACUAACUUUACUAUCAACCAACUGGGGGAUAUACUCACUGAACAGUUCUCAGGCCAGUGUGCAGAUGAGAUGAGGAAGGCCUAUGCUGAGUUCUGCAGCCGCCACCCCAAAGCUGUGAAACUGUACAAGGAACUGCUGGCCAGAGACAAGAGGUUUCAGCACUUCAUACGGAGGGUAAGCCGGGGGCCCCUACUGCGUCGCCAUGGCAUCCAGGAGUGCAUCCUGCUGGUGACUCAACGCAUCACCAAAUACCCUGUCCUCAUCCAGCGCAUCCUGGACAACACCAAGGGCAGUGAAGAGGAGGCCAAGUCCCUAGCCCAGUCCCUGUCCCUGAUCCGGGACUUGUUGAGCUCUGUGGACCAGCAGGUGGCAGAGCUGGAGCGGACCCAGAGGCUCCAGGAGAUCAGGGCCAGAUUGGACCCCCGGGCCCAGGCAGAGGUCAGGGGAGGAGGGGUGUUCAGGGGAGGGGAGCUGCUCCGCAGGACGCUCCUCCACGAGGGCACACUGCUGUGGAAGACACAAGGAUCCAGACUCAAAGAUGUGCAGGUCCUGCUGAUGACAGACAUCCUGGUGUUCAUGCAGGAGAAGGACCAGAAGUAUUUCUUCCCCUGCAUAGACAAGCCUGCAGUGUUGUCUCUGAAGAACCUGAUUGUGAGGGACAUAGCCAAUCAGGAGCGAGGGAUGUUCCUGAUCAGUGACUCCACCCCCCCAGAGAUGUACGAGCUGCACGGCACCUCACGAGACGACAGGAACAACUGGAUGAGACUCAUACAGCAGACCGUCAGCAGCUGUCCGUCCAGAGAGGACUUCCCCCUGAUAGAGACAGAGGACAAGGCUUUACUGCGCAGACUCAGAGCUGACAUCCAGCAGAAGGACAGGGAGGUGCUGGAGCUCCUCCAGGAGAGAGUGACUCUGUUCUCUGACCUGGCUGAGGUCACCGGUGGGGGUCAGGAGGUCAUGCCCCUCACCAACUCUAGGAACAUCUUCCGGGCCGACACCCCCUAUGCACCCCAGGCGGAAUACCUACUCACCGACGCCAUCUCAGAGGUUGACAGGCUGAGUGAGUUGCUGCUGGGUUCUAACAUUGAGCUUCCCAAGUCCAACGGUAGCACCAAUGGUGACCAGAACCACAAAGGGGCGCCAGUGAGCAAUGGAGAUUCGAUCUCCGUCAACGGAACUCAUGAAUUCAAAGGAAGUCCAGCGUCCAAGGACAGAAAUGGUAACCAGCUACAGGACAGACCCCUAAAUGAGGAGGUGUGUCAGAGGCUGGUGAACCUCAAUGCUCAGCUCCACGCUCUACAGGCCGCCGUCAUUCACCAGGACUCUGUCCUCGAGCUCCGCCUCCGUGAGGGUACUGGCCCUGCCUCCUCAGGUUCCUCCACUCCCACCCCCACUCCUCCAAACUCCUUCCCCAGGCUGUGCCGUUCCAUGUCACGUGACACAGGUCUGGAUGCGGGCACGGUGGCAACCAUGGGGGACAUGGCCAUGCUCCAGAGGCAGCAUGUUCUGCUGCAGGAGGAGGUGGGGAGGCUGCGCCCCCUGGAGGCCAGGCUGAGGGAGAGCGAGAAGGCCCAGGCUCAGAUGGAGCAGCAGCUCAGGGACAUGAAGGGCAGGAGGGGAAGCAGAGGCAGCAGAGGCAGCAGAGGCAGUAACGGAGACAUCGUGGUGGAUGUUACAGCCUUAGAGCAGGCUCCUGCUAAAAGAAGAGGAAGUGGUGAUGGCGAGCCCAGCCCUGUCGCCCCAUUGGCCUGUCAGGAACCAGUGGACCAAUUGGACGGCGUACAGGAAGGCAGUGAGGAGGAGGAAGAGGAGGACUCAGAGGAAGAGGAAGAUGUAGUGAAGGUUUCACCACGCUCCGACAGUCCAAGAGAUCUCCAGGAUAUCCCGGAGGAGAGCGAGUGCGGACCGGAAGCGCAGGAAUCCAAGGCUGAUUCCGAGAUUGUUCCGAGUUAACAUUGACCUCCCACUGGAUACGCAAACCAGAAAACAGGACUUGAGAGCUGGACCAACAUCUUCUCAACCUCCAACCAACCAGACCUGAUAGAACUUAUCUUCAGUGAUUCCAUCUAUUCGUCUUUCUUUGGCAUAGAAAGCCUACCCGGGAAUUGUGUAUUGUAUCAUGGUAUAAGUUAGUUCUGAGAUGUUGUAUGCAGGUUUUUUACAUGUUUUUCUAAUGUUAUGUUAAAAGCUUCAUCCUCGGGAUUGAAUCCCUUUUCCAAUCCCACUCUUCGUUUCUUAUUUCCCUUUUCAAAACAAGGAAGAGGGAUUGGGGGUGAAGAGGAGGAUCGGGUUCGUAACAACAAUGGAAUUCUAAUGGUGGACUGUAUAUCUAUAGGUGUCUGGUGAUACCAGUAGGAACUAUUCUGUACUGUAACUGCCUGUCAUUGUUGUACAUUUAGUGUCACCUCUCUACAGACCUGGUUUGUCUGUGGUGGUGGAGCUGACUGAUUUGAAACUGAACUUAGACCAGUAAAGAAGGGCGGGACAGGAAAGGGGGAGGGCGGGACAGGAAAGGAGGGUAUAUAUAUAUAUA